AUGCGUCGUUUCAGUGUCAGAACGGGUCUCCUCCUCCUUGUUCUCUUCUUCGCCGCGACCCUGAACAAUGCCUCUGAAGAUGGAAGACAGGUCAGACCACCAGCACGGCUGAACAUUAUUGGCCGUUUCUUCUUUGGGAUCUUCUGUUCAGUGUCGUUCAUGAGCAGGUCUACAUCGUGUACCUGGGGGCUGGGGCACCUGCCUAGUGUGGGCUCGUCAGAGCCUGAAGCUUUCUCUGCUGUUGUAGAAGCUUCUCAUCACGAUCUGCUCGACCAGGUCCUCGACGACGACAGCUCGGCCUCUGACAGGAUCCUCCGUAGCUACAAGAGAAGCCUCAAUGACUUUGCAGCCAGGCUUACUGAAUUAGAGGCACACAAACUCUCCAGCAUAGAGGGCGCCGUGUCAGUCUUCCCGAGCAGGACCCGCGAGCUUCUGACCACAAGAUCAUGGGAUUUCCUGGGCUUCCCUCAAGCGCCGCUCGAGGAGCUACCCUUGCAAGGCGACGUCAUCGUCGGCAUGCUGGACUCCGGCGUGUGGCCGGACUCCCCGUCCUUCUCCGACGAGGGCAUGAGCCCGCCGCCGGGCAGAUGGAAGGGCGCCUGCCAGAACUUCACCUGCAACAACAAAAUCAUCGGCGCCCGCGCCUACCGCAACGGCGCCACCGGCAUGUCGCCGGUGGACGACAACGGCCACGGGAGCCACACCGCGUCCACCGUUGCCGGCCGCGCGGUCGGCGGCGUGAGCCUCGCCGGGCUGGCCGCCGGCACGGCCCGCGGCGCCGUGCCGGGCGCCAGGCUCGCCGUCUACAGGGUAUGCUGGCAGCGCGGGCACUGCGGCGACGCCGACGUCGACGUCCUGGCGGCGUUCGACGACGCCGUCGCCGACGGCGUGGACGUCAUCUCCUUCUCCAUCGGGAGCAAGGCCCCGUCGCCGUACUUCGAGGAUGCCGCCGCCAUCGGGUCCUUCCACGCCAUGAGGCGAGGGGUGCUCACCUCCGCCGGAGCCGGGAACGCCGGCGUGCUGGACGGCGGGAACGUCUGCAACGUCGCGCCGUGGAUGCUGUCCGUCGCCGCGAGCAGCACCGACCGCCGGCUCGUCGACAAGAUUGUGCUCGGAAACGGCAAGACCAUAGUGGGAGCCUCCAUAAACACUUUUCCACCUGUACAGAAUGCGCCCCUUGCAUUCCCUGUCAACGGUUCGUGUGAUCCUGAUGACCUUGAUGGAGUGGGCACCAUAGGCGGCACCGAGACGGCAACCGAUCCGCACGCUCCAAAACCGGCUUCGUUCUCUUCCCCGGGCCCGAACCUGAUCACCCCCGGGAUCUUGAAGCCUGAUCUGUCUGCACCGGGGAUUGAGAUCAUAGCAUCGUGGUCACCCCUGUCGCCGCCAAAAUUUAUUCCUAAGGAUAAUGGGAAGGUCUUGUACAACAUCGAGUCCGGCACGUCCAUGGCGUGCCCGCACGCGAGUGGAGCUGCGGCAUAUGUCAAGUCCUUCCACCACGAUUGGCCCCCCGCGAUGAUCAUGUCUGCCUUAAUCACCACAGCCACUCCGAUGAACACGCCGGCCAACUCCGGCAGCAACGAGCUCAAGUACGGCGCCGGCCAGCUUAACCCGGCGAAGGCGCGCCACCCCGGCCUCGUGUACGACGUGUCGGAGCGCGACUACAUCGCCAUGCUCUGCGCGCAGGGGUACAAUGCCACCGCCCUCGCGCUCAUCACCGGCUCCGCCGCCCCGGCCUGCGCCGAUUCCUCGGUGGCCGGCUCCACCGUCGGCGAACUGAACUACCCGACCAUGGCUGCCCAAGUGGAGCCUGGGCAGAACUUCACCGUGGGGUUCCCGCGGACCGCCACCAACGUCGGAGACGACGGCGGCGCGGUGUACGACGUGAAGGUUGUUUUUGCUGUCGGGGCGGCCGCUGACCUGAUCGCCGUCGCUAUUUCGCCGAGCAGGCUGGAAUUCAGCGAGCGGAACGCCAAGUUCACCGUGACGGUCGCCGGCGUGGCGCCAGGCGUGGGCCGUGUCGUCUCGGCGGCCGUCGUGUGGUCCGACGGCGAGCACAGGUCAGGAGCCCUGUGGUGGUGGCACUGCGUCGACAUCCACGACGCCGCCGUCCACUGCAUCGCCCUACUCGAGGACGCCCGCGGCGCCGCCUGCCACGGCGCAUUCGGCAACUAG